UCCGCAAUGUCAAAAACUUUGUUUGUCCUCUCAAAACGCGCCCCCAUUCUUCCCCUGCUCCGCCCCCCUGCCCCCAUCUCCCUCCCACCCUCCCUCCAAUCCCACACUGACAUCCAGGUCCCCGACUUCAGCCCUUACCGCCGCAACUCCUGCAACAACCCCUGCACCCAUAGCUCCGAGUCGGUGGACAUCCGCAGGCUGAUUCCUACCAUGGUCGCCGGCACGGGCCUCACCAUCGGCGCCUACGCACUCAAAUCAGAAAUCAUCCGCCACGUGGUGUUCAUGGCGCCGUCGGCAGACGUCUUAGCCCUGGCCAAGAUCGAGAUCAACCUGGCGGACAUUCCCGAGGGACGCAACAUGACGUACAAAUGGCGCGGAAAACCCCUCUUCGUCAAACACAGGUCGCCCGAAGAUAUCGAGAGGGAGAGGAGCGUGGACGUGGCGACUUUGAGGGACCCGCAGCACGACGACGAAAGGGUGAAGGAACCCGAGUGGUUGGUCCUGAUAGGGGUUUGUACGCACUUGGGGUGUGUGCCAAUAUCGGGAGCUGGGGACUGGCCUGGAGGGUUCUAUUGUCCUUGCCACGGCUCGCACUUUGAUGGGGCUGGAAGGGUGAGGAAGGGACCGGCGCCGACGAAUUUGGUAGUGCCGCACUAUACGUUCCCGUCGCCUGGAAAGCUUCUGGUGGGGUAGGAUUUUAGGGAGAAUUUUACAGUGUAAGGUAAAUAAAGGUUCUUGUUGGAGUUGAUGGUAUGAUUUUCACACA